UAACGACUCGGGUGCUUUUCCGGUGUAAAAUGGAAUGUUCUGCCUCAGGAUAAACUUCUUUCACAUUUGAUUCCAGCCGACGUUUUCAUCGACAGAUGUGUUGGUUCCGACACGCCGGACCUUCGUUGUCGCGCGCAAGGCGACGUAUGGCCGCUGCUUGUGGGACGUCCCGUGUCGCCGUCGACUGAGCGCACAAUGCAGGCCUAGCUGACGUUAGCAUCGCUGCUAGCUGGCGGAAGCUCCUCGGAUAUCUGCUCCUAUCGGCGGAUAUCUGCUCCAGUAGAGACUCGAACCUGAGCCGUUUGUUGGACUGUGCGAGGACGUACUUUCAGCCAUGGCCUCUCAGCUGCAAGUCUUCUCUCCUCCCUCCAUCUCCUCCAGUGCCUUUUGUCGCGUUAAGAAGCUGAAGGUGGAGAACAAUGUCUGGGAUGUGUCCACUACUGAAGCGUAUAGUUCCUUGGCAGGCCAGUCUGCAUACACCUUCACUCCGGCCAUGGCUGUGCCCCCCUUUGCACCGUCCCUGGUCUUCCCCCCGACAGCGCCUGGGUCACGGGGUCAAGUGGUGGUCCGUGCAGCUGACAGCACUGGCAGUCUUCCUCGAGGCUCCAGUCGACGCGUGGCGGAGCAUGCCACAUCCUCCUCUUACGCUCAUGUGGAGACAGCCUCGGAAACCAGGGGACAACACCGCCACGGGCACAAGCGCAAGAUGGAGGAGACCCACGAGGGCAGCGGGAGCGGCUGUGGCAGUGUGCAAAUUCUGGAGGAGCUCUCCGCCCCGGCGGCGACGUACUCCACCCGUACGGGCGGCGGAGGCGGAGGCACGGGCCAGUCCAUACCUCACUCGGCUCCCACCACAAAGAGUAGUAGCUCCAACGGCGAAGGCGACUAUCAGCUGGUGCAGCACGAGAUCCUCUGCUCGGUGACCUGCAGCUACGAAGUCUUGGAAUUCUUAGGGAGGGGCACCUUUGGCCAAGUGGCCAAGUGCUGGAAGAGGGGUACCAAUGAGAUUGUGGCUAUCAAGAUUCUCAAGAACCAUCCUUCAUAUGCACGCCAGGGACAAAUUGAGGUGGGCAUCCUGAACAGGCUGAGUGCAGAAAAUGCAGACGAGUACAAUUUUGUGCGUUCGUACGAGUGCUUCCAGCACAAGGGUCAUACCUGCUUGGUGUUUGAGAUGCUUGAACAGAACCUUUAUGACUUUCUGAAGCACAGCAAGUUCAGCCCACUACCUCUGCGACACAUUAGACCAAUCCUCCAGCAGGUGGCAACAGCACUUAUGAAGCUGAAGAGCCUGGGACUUAUUCAUGCUGACCUCAAGCCUGAGAACAUCAUGCUGGUGGAUCCUCUCCGGCAGCCUUACAGAGUGAAGGUCAUUGACUUUGGAUCUGCGAGCCAUGUGUCCAAGGCUGUUUGCUCAACAUACUUACAGUCCCGCUACUACAGGGCUCCUGAGAUCAUUUUAGGUCUCCCGUUCUGUGAGGCCAUUGACAUGUGGUCUCUAGGCUGUGUGAUUGCAGAGUUGUUUCUGGGUUGGCCUCUCUACCCUGGAGCCUCCGAGUACGACCAGAUCCGUUACAUCUCUCAGACUCAAGGCCUGCCAGCUGAGUACCUAUUGAGCGCAGGCACCAAGACCAGCCGCUUCUUCAACAGAGGCCCCGACUCCAGUUAUCCGCUUUGGAGGCUUAAAACACCAUCAGAGCAUGAAAUGGAGAUGGGCAUCAAAUCCAAGGAGGCUAGGAAAUAUAUCUUCAACUGUUUGGAUGACAUGAUGCAGGUCAAUCUCUCAACUCAUUUGGAGGGGACGGACAUGCUGGCUGAGAAAGCUGAUAGACGAGAGUUUAUAGACCUCCUGAAGAGAAUGCUCCGUCUGGAUGCUGACAAGAGGAUCACACCUACAAAGACUCUGGGCCAUCCUUUCGUCACAAUGAGCCACCUCAUGGAUUAUCCCCACAGCUCCCACGUGAAGUCUUGCUUCCAGAACAUGGAGAUCUGCAAGCGCCGGAGCACCUACGACAGCAACAAGUCCCUCUACUCCACAAAUGCAGUCCCCAGCGCUGCAGCAGGCAACCUGACUGUUACUUUCAGUAGCCAACUCAACCAGCAUAACCAGGUGCCUUCUGCGGGGGGAGCGGUGCCUCUGCUAAAUUACCAGCCAGCGCUGUACCAGCAGGCAACGAUCAACAUUCCUGGCCUGACGCAACAAAGUGUACCUAUUCCAACACGUCCUGCCGGACUGUGUAGCCAGACAGAACCCUUCCAACAGACUCUGAUUGUCUGUCCACCCUCCACAAUUCAAGGCCUACAGUCAAGCAAGGGCUCCAGUUUCCCUGUUAGGAUGGAUAACUCUGUACCAAUAGUACCUCAGAACCAGCCUGCUCAGUCAUUGCAGAUCCAGCCCAGCAUGCUCACACAGGGUUCCUGCACCCCACUGAUGGUGGCCACUCUGCACCCACCCUCAUCAGGCAUAGCCUCCCAGUAUUCUCUACCAGUUGGGCUCGGCACCGGGGUGGGCCGGCCCACCCUUUUGGAGCACACAGCCACUGUGCUGCAGGCCUGGCCCACUGGAACUCAACAGAUCCUCAUUCCAUCAUCUUGGCAGCAGGUCCCGGGUGUGGCCAUUCACAGCGCUGCUCACCAGGCCACUGUUGCCGAGUCACCACGACAAUCCCAUCACUUGGAUGCUGCUGCUCAGCAGGCACACAACUGGAGGAGCACAGCACAAGCCAAGACUCAGCCAGAGAGAAAGAAGGUCAAAGCAAGACGGGGAGAGAACAGGAACAGGGGUAUAUCCACUGCAUCACUGCUCAGCACUAACUGUGUGACAUCAUCCAGCCUCAUGGCCACCUUGUCGCAGCCUAUUGUCAUCUCUGAUACCCCCAGCCCAGCAGUCAGCAUCAUCACCAUCCACAGCGACACCGACACAGAAGACGAGCGCAAGUUUCACCCUGCCAGUGUGGCAUUGGGCCAGCGCACCAACGUCAUCAGCUGCGUGACUGUGCACGACUCGGACUCAUCCACAGCCAGCCCGCUGACUCCGCUUCCCCGCACGCUACACGCAGUGUCCUCUCGCCAGGCGAAGUGUCUGGCCGUGGUGGCGCCUUCAGUCAAAGUCCACGUGCCGGAGAGAGGGGCAGCUUCACGGAGCCGUCCAGAGACCGUGAACUACAUGAAGCCCAAGAGAAGCUCUAAUCAGCAACCAAGUAGUUCAGGGGAGAACCUGGAGCGUCACGGACUUAUGCUGAGCCAGUCGCGUCCUUUGAACCUCAGCCAGGUCCAGCCCAUGGUGUCUUCAUCUCAGGAGCGUGCAGUGGUGUCCCACACAGACUCGUCCCUACGCCGCCAGCAGACGUUCGCCCCGGCCGUCUCGGCCUCGCACUACAACUUCCCUGAGGUGUCGGCGCUGGCCUCGGCGGCCGGGCCCGGCCUGUACACCUACCCGGCCUCCACCGCCCUGUCGUCCGCCUCUCAGGUCAUGGAGCAGCUGCUGGGCCGCGGCACCGCAGCAGGACAUUCGCCCUCCGCCUAUGCAGCAACGUACACCUCCUCCUCCUCCAGGCGAGACUCGGCCGGCCGCAAGGACUCGGUCAGCAGUCUGCUGCACGGCCUGCCGGCGGUCUACCAGCAGCAGUUCGCCGCCGCCUCUCCGUACGUGAGCGUGACUCCGCGCUCCGAGGCUUACGGCGCCUACCAGCUGAGCCCCAGACGCCUGACGCAGUACCCCUACCUAUAAGGUCAGACACCAAGUCACUUCUUCCUCACCUUUCCAAAAUUAAUUGCCAUGUUGGAUCAGCCACUUUAUCCUUGUGUUGGUCGUGUAAGAGAGACUCUGCUCCUUCCACAAGCCACUUUAGGCCACUUCCUGUCACCUGACUCAGUGCUAGUGAAGUUUGAUUUCCCCACACUAAUCCAGUGAGUUCCCAUGUUUUAGCUAACCUAAUAAUAGCAGAUAUGUCUUUGCUAUGUUCAUUCUGUCUGUAAGGUAGCACACAUUUAAUGUUAAUUUAAGUGCACGUGUGAUAGUGUGUUCAUGUAGUGUUGUAGGCCAGACCAAUAGUUUCUUUUCACCUGCAUCAACUGUGUGCUGAAUGUAUUUAUCGAGUCAAAUAGGAACGUAUUCUUUUCUUCUCCAGACACCAGUAGGUUGUAUUCACCCCACGUCAUGAAAUAUGCCAGACUUGAAGUGGUGGGCCCUCUGUUGUCGUAGCGCCUUUCUCCAAAUGCUCUGUGCUUGCCUUGUUUUAGGCUGUUGGAACCGUUUAAAUCGCGUAAAAGAUAGCUUUAUUCAGAGUUUCUCCAGAAGGGCAAAAGAGUGCAAGAUUUCACAAGACGACGAGAAGACCAAGGGAGCAGUCAAAGAACACACCAGUUUGCAGUCAUCACUUUGUUAAACUUGUAACCUUUACUAUUUAAGUAUUAUCUUGAUAUUAUUUGUCUUUUAUCUUGUUUCAGAGUUCUUAAAACGCAUUUUUGCUUCGAGUCUUUCGUAAAGCAACAUUUCAGCGAGUCUAAAUACAAGAAAGCAGAACCAAAAACCUAAAAGAGUUAAGUAUUUACCAAAGACAACAAUCAUAAAGGAAUCUUUAAGCACAUACACAAUGUUGACAUCUAUAGUUAUAUUUUCAAUAAAGAUGGGGGAAAACACGCUACUCGUAAACGGCCCGUGCAACAACAACAACAAACAUGGCUGUAAACACAAAGUUAAAAUAUAAAUACAACUUUAUCCGAGCAAAAACGAUGCAUGAUUUAUCCAAAAGAGUCUUGAUACCAAUGUUCUUGACCCACAAGUUGUAGACCUCCAAGUUUCAUCUGUUUUGUGGUGUAGAAUGGCGUCUGGAGCACCAGAUAGUUGACAUGUCUGGGAAUGCGACCGACAGAUAUUCCUUGAUAUCACUUGAAAAAUCUUGUUGUCGUAGAUUCCAUUGCAGAGUUUCAUUUUUGGCUGCUAUUUGCCUUUAGUGAUAAGAUCUAGGCCCCUUGCGUACUCUGAUUGGUUUGGUGGCCCACCACUUUGUUGAAGUCAUGUGACUGAAUACAACCUAUUAAUGAUACUUCAGAUAUCUUGAUGCCAGUUUUAUCCUUACGUUUUAGAAAGUGUCCCUCUUUGAGGGAGGCCUAUUGAUGCUUAUAUCCUCACUGCUGAAGCUUGGCGUAAAGGUGACAAGAAAGGUAGGGGUCAAAAAUAGGAGAGAGAAAGCUCCUCUAUUGCAGCCUGCAGUGACUGUGGCUUCUAGAAGCUCUCAAUCCAUGUUGUUUGUUUUGUCUUGUAUUGUCGCAGUACUUAACUGUCAUUUCACCUUAUUCUAGAAGUUAAAAAUGCUACUUGUUAGAACUAAUUCAGGGAAAUGUUUCUGUUCAAAAAUCCACCAUCACUGUUUGCAAUAAAAUAACCACAAACCCCAAACUGUCUUAAGACAUGUGUGUUGUCAUCUUAGGAACGCUAUCAAGUCUACUAAGGGAUGAUUCAUCCAAAACAAACACAUGCACUACCACAACAGUCGCUUAUCUGUUUUCUCUGGAAGUACCAAUACUUUUAAUGCCUUUGUUAACUACGACUGCACGUGUUGCGCUUCCUCCUUAAACAUUAAUGCACAGUCAUAAAAAACAAAACAAACAAAUAUUCUGUUGAUCAAUCCUGUGACGUUUUUGAUACAAUCGACUACAAAUUGUCUGAAAAGUUUGCAGUACUUGUUAGUAACACUUGAUUUAGUGACACAUAAUAGAAGAAAUGGACAGUUAUUAGGCAAGUAGGAAUGUACACUUAACUUUUUUUGAAAUUAAUUAAUUAAUUAAUUCAUAUCAGAUAUUUUUAUUCCGUUAGAACUGGGGUGUCCAAACUUUUUCCACCAAGAGCCCUCGUUUAUUGCUGUGAAUGUUUCCGGACAUGACCGUGAUAAAUGAAUUUGUCAUCAAUUACACCGUCAAUUCCGCUACUUAUUUAUAUAUUUGUCUUCACUGACGGCCAUAAUGCAAGUACUUGUCAUGAAACACAUGCAAAGACAUUUAAAAGGUGUGUUAUUGUUUGUGCUAUGGUGCCAUCUUUUGGACGAGUCCGCUCUGCAGGUGCAGCUGUGUGAAUGCCUACAACUCUUUCCUGCUGUUUAAAGCUUUCAACCGGAAGCAGAAGUGCCAUGCAAGCUUUAAACCCGCAGUAGAAGUGUGCCAUUCUGUUCUCUAAUGAUCUAUAGCGUUUCUACACGUAUGGAUUCUUCAUUCAUCGCUCCCGGCAACGUUUGUAAGUUUUACAAUAUAAUUAAAACCAUUCUUACUAAACCGUCCCAUGUGUGAUGUCUGUAGGAGUGUUUUCAUGCAUAUUUGUACGUACCAUUGUAAUGUAAUCAAGCGAGCAUUGUUAGCAUUAGCUAAUUUGCUAACAUGUUUACGAGUGUCUGUGUUUAGUAUUAUUAACUUGCAAUGGCAUUCUUUUUCUAUUGUUUCACUUUCACAAAUUUCUCAGUAAAUUUACCAAACAGUCACUGUGGAGUUAUUGAGUCUGUUUGGAGAGCUAGCUUGCACAGCUAGUGGGUCCAUGACGAUGACUUCUGUUUUGUUGGAUCAGCCGUUU